AUGAAGUGGCGUACCACGAACCUGUUGGCGCUAACCGUCUGCCUAGUGGCGAUGGCAUCCCAUCUAGCCGAGGCCCGCGUUGCCUUCGAGAAGCUGACCGACUUUGACUUCCAGGGCACGACGUACUACAGCGUCAAGAACCUCUCGCUGUACGAGUGCCAAGGCUGGUGCCGCGAGGAACCGGACUGUCAGGCGGCUGCGUUCAGCUUCGUCGUUAACCCGCUGACGCCGGCGCAGGAAACGCUCUGCCAGCUGCAGAACGUGACGGCGGCCAACAACCCGGCCAGCACGCCCCAGCGUUCGUCCAGCAUGUACUACAUGGUGAAGCUGCAGCUGCGCUCCGAGAACGCCUGCCAGCGUCCGUGGAACUUCGAGCGGGUACCGAACAAGAUCAUCCGCGGGCUGGACAAUGCGCUCAUCUACACCAGCACGAAGGAGGCCUGCCUGUCCGCGUGCCUGAACGAGAAGCGGUUCAUCUGCCGCUCGGUAGAGUACGACUACAACAACAUGAAGUGCGUCCUCAGCGACUCCGACCGGCGGUCCGUUGGACAGUUCGUGCAGCUCGUCGACGCGCAGGGUGUGGACUACUUCGAGAACCUUUGCCUCAAGCCGAGCCAGGCGUGUAAGUUCGCCCGCCAGUUCCAGCUGCCCCGCAUCGGUGUCUCGGACGAUAAGGUGUCGCAGUACGUCGGCCUGCACUACUACACCGACAAGGAGCUCCAGGUGACGUCCGAUACGGCGUGCAAGCUGGCGUGCGAGAUCGAGAGCGAGUUCCUGUGCCGCUCGUUCCUGUAUCUGGGCCAGCCGACCGGCUCGCAGUACAACUGCCGGCUGUACCAUCUCGACCACAAGUCGCUGCCGGAUGGACCCUCGACCUACCUGAACGGCGAGCGACCACUGAUCGAUGUCGGCGAGCCGAGCGGAGACUACUUCGAGAACAUCUGCGAGAAACAAUCUAACCAGGCCGAAAACACGCUCCCGGUGGUAUUCGAUACGGUUGAGGAUCCGGCCGUCAACAAUCUGACCCGCAACGACGCCAACUGUGACAAAACGGGAACCUGCUACGAUGUCUCGGUUCACUGCAAGGACACCCGAAUUGCUGUGCAGGUGCGCACUAACAAACCAUUCAAUGGCCGCAUCUACGCCCUCGGACGCUCGGAGACGUGCAACAUCGAUGUGAUCAACUCCGACACCUUCCGGCUGGACCUGACCAUGGGUGGACAGGACUGUAACACGCAGAGUGCGACCGGCAUCUACAGCAACACCGUCGUCCUGCAGCAUCACUCGGUCGUGAUGACGAAGGCGGACAAGAUCUACAAGGUGAAGUGCACGUACGACAUGAGCUCGAAGAACAUCUCGUUCGGCAUGCUGCCGAUCCGUGACCCGGAGAUGAUCCACAUCAACUCGUCGCCGGAAGCACCGCCGCCAAGGAUCCGCAUCCUCGAUGCACGUGCCCGCGAGGUGGAGACCGUGCGCAUCGGAGAUCGUCUGACGUUCCGCAUCGAGAUUCCGGAGGACACGCCUUACGGUAUCUUUGCCCGAUCGUGCGUCGCCAUGGCGAAGGACUCGAAGAGCACGUUCCAGAUCAUCGACGACGAUGGGUGCCCGGUCGAUCCGACCAUCUUCCCUGCCUUCACCCAGGACGGCAAUGCGCUGCAGUCGAUCUACGAGGCGUUCCGCUUCACCGAGAGCUACGGUGUGAUCUUCCAGUGCAACGUGAAGUACUGUCUCGGCCCGUGUGAGCCGGCCGUCUGCGAGUGGGGACGUGACUCGGUUGAAUCCUGGGGCAGGAAGCGUCGUUCCGUUACGGCCAGCAAUGACACCGUGGAGGAGGAAGAGGACAUGAACAUCUCCCAGGAGAUUCUGGUGUUGGACUUUGGCGAUGAGAAGAACCGUGACUUCCUGCGCAGUGAAGCCAGCACCGAUUUCGGCCGGGACAAAACCGUCACCAUCAUCGAACCAUGCCCAACGAAGACCUCCGUCCUGGCGCUCGCCGUCACCUGCGCCCUCAUGGUGCUGGUCUACCUCUCCACCCUGUUCUGCUACUACAUGAAGAAGUGGAUGCAACCGCACAAGGUCAUGGCAUAG